AAACUGUCCCGGAAGUGGAGAAGAAUGAUACCAAUGCUUAUUUUUUUGUAUUUCGUGGUUAUUUGAAGUGCAAAGUUUUGUUACACUGUGCAGUAGUAGUGAAAACAACCAAACAGUUACCAGGGAGAAACUUGAAGAGUUUAAAUAUUUAAGCCUUCGUUAUUAAUUUUUUCAAGCUAUGACGGCUAUAAUUUCGCAAUGGAAGGGAAGAAGUAAAAGGAAUAUAGACCCCGGAACGAAUCAGAUUCAUGCUGGCUACUUGGAGCUUUACAAUCUUGAAUGUAAACAAAAGUGGGUAGUAUUUGAAGAAAUCAAAUCAGAAGUACAUCCUUGCAGAUACCAAUUAACUAUAUGCCCAAAAAACAAUGGAAUGAAGAGCAAACGGAAAUGCUAUAUUCUUGAUAAGGACCAUUUUAUUGGAAUAGAGGAAGGAACUGUUGGCAAAGAGGCAUAUUUUGUAAUUUUUCUGACGAGCGAUAACUUAAUUUUCCAAACCAAAAAUAAAAGCGAGGCUGACAGCUGGUGCAAAAUUGUAAAGGAACAUCUAACACAUGAGAGGUGGUCAGUUCAACUGAAAAAUGAUGAUAAUAAACUGGAACGAUAUUAUCUUCACGUCACAAAUUCAUUCGUAUCUCUCACGCACAAUCCCCCGGAGGUGUAUAAACGAUGGAACAUUGCGAACAUUGGCCGCGUGAGUUGUGAAAGCAGUGGAUAUCUGAGUAUUGCUGUUGUUGAGUCAGGAAGUGAUUCAGGGUUUUUCCAAAUAAAGACUCAGAAAUCAACAGAUAUGAUUCAGAUAAAGGAAGCAAUAGGCAAAGCCAAAAAGGAAAUGGCGCACAGAGAAGGUGAGGCAAAAGUGGAAGAAAAAUUGACAACGGAAGAAAACACCACCCAUUCACCACACCAGAGAAGUAGUGUUACACAAAUUAUGACCAAAAAGCAUGAGGAACCACGUUCACAUUUCACGGAACCAGUGAGGCCGGGUCCCCGGGUACCAGAUUUAGUCAGAGGGAAAGAACGGGAUUUAAGGGCAAAGAAGCCAUCUCCACCUACUUCUCCAGAUCGUAACCCAGGACCUGAUCUAAUUUAUGGUGGAAGUGGAUACAUAACUAAUUGUCAUUUCGAAGGUUCUGAAAGCAAAUCAACAGCUUGUGUAGAAGAGUUAACAAGGGAAUAUGGAAAUUUGGAAAAUGAUUCUAAACGCUAUCAAAAUGGUAGUUUAAUUGUGGAACGUCCACCUCCUCUGCCAAUCAGGGAUGACCUUCGUCAUUUCGAGUCUGUGACGCUUGGUGACACAAUAGAGGCAAUUCGAAGGAAACAAGUUUGUUUCAGAGACUCUUUGAAUAUUAAACCAAGUAAACGUCAUCAGUUAUUCGCCAUAAUGGAUGCUUCAGGCUGGUGGAAACACUUAGCUGCCGCAAUUGGUUUGGAUGUUAGUGAUAUAGAAGUUGUGGACAAUCUUGCGCCAAGGUAUAAUAUUUCCUGGACUGAAAUGGUGGUUUAUCACUGGGAAUGCACGCGGAACCCAUCAAGGAUAUGCAGUAUACGGGAAAUGCAGAAUAUUGCUCAGGAAACAAAUCGUCCAGACCUUUUGAGUAUGUUGGCUGAUGAGUAAUCUGAAAAGAAAAUGCUUUUUUGUGGAACCUUGAUCAGAGUCCUCGAAUAUAAUCCUUGGUGGGGAACAUUACUCCGUUAAGGCCUCCUAUGCCCCCCUCUGGCGGCAACACUGAUCUGAACUAUGCAUUAUUCGGUAGUGUGUAACUAACAAUAUUAUUUUUAUAUUUCAGGAUAGAAUUUUUACUAUAGUUUUGUAAAUACAGUAAUAUAUGGCAUCAUUCAUGCACUGAUAUAAUAACCAUUUCAACCCUAUGUAUAGGUGUUAUGAUAGUACAAUACAGUAAAACAUACAAAUAUAUAUACAUUCCACUGAGGAAGGACUAGUGUUUUCCGAAAGAUCUGGUUCUAUUUCUGGCUGUUUACUUAUGUUUACUUUUUAGAUGUUGCUUACCAAAUUUAUAUCUCUACCGAGAUCCAACCAUUGCUUCCAACAGCAUUGUUGCUUAUUAGUAUUUUGCCUUUUAAU